UUGCAAUAAACCAAAUCUAUUUUCUUACAAACCACUCGAUUUUCCCAUGCUUUUGCAAUUUAAAGGUAGCAUCGUUUUCUCCGUCAUUCUGGGAGGAACAGAGUUGUCUUCUGAUCCAACAACCAACCUAAAAACUCGAUUAAUUAAUCGAAUUUCGAACCCCAUUUAGCAAUACCUGAGUUCAGUACACUCAUAACUAAGCCAUUUUUUUUUUUCCACUUCCAUCUCUAAGCAAUUUGUCGUUAUUUCUCUUGCAAUGGCUCGCGUGGUUUUUCAAUCUUCUUCCCUUGCUUCUUCUUCUCCCAUGGACCUCCGUGAAGCUUCAGCUAAAGGCUCCGAGAUCUUUGGUUACAAGUUGAGAUCUGUGGAAGUUGAGCGGACCCACUUGAGAUUUAUGAAUUCCUUUCAUGCUGAUGCUUGUAAAGGAUAUACAAGAAAUCAAAGGUUCAGAUUGAAGGUUGCAAUGGAGUCUUCAGGCAUAGCUCAGGAUGUCAUGGAUAAGGUGCCCGAUGAUCAUUUCAAGGAGCUCAAACAUAGAUUUCUUAAUUUCAAAAAAGAUAAAUACUUGAGCAACUUAGAACACUACCAAAGGCUUUCUGAGGCCCAAACACCAAAGUUCAUGGUGAUUGCCUGUGCAGACUCACGAGUUUGUCCCUCGAAGAUCCUAGGAUUUGAACCGGGUGAAGCCUUUGUGGUUCGCAACGUGGCCAACUUAGUUCCCCCACAUGAUAGUGGAGUUUCAGAAACAAAUGCCGCCCUCGAAUUUGCUGUUAAUUCUCUUGAAGUCGAGAAUAUACUGAUUGUGGGUCAUAGCUGCUGUGGAGGGAUUAGAGCCUUGAUGAGCUUGCAGGACGAAGCAAUUUCAAGUAGCUUCACUAAAAGCUGGGUGGUGGUUGGAAAUCCCGCCAAGUCGAAAACAAAGGCUGUGGCUUCAAACCUCGACUUUGAUCAGCAGUGUAAGCAUUGCGAGAAGGAAUCAAUCAACAGGUCCUUGUUGAACUUGCUCACUUACCCAUGGAUAGAAGAAAGGGUGAAAAACGGGACACUUAAAAUCCACGGUGGCUACUAUGACUUCAUAGAUUGCACGUUCGAGAAGUGGACCCUCGACUACAAGAGCAACAACGUAUGCUCGAUUAAAAGCAGAGAAUUCUGGUCGUGAGUUUUUGCUUCAUACAUAACGUGCCCCUUUCGAAACAAUUCUUUUGGAUAAAAUAUCGAGUUCUUGGUGUGUGGCUAAUUGUUUUCGAUUUGGUCCAUUCAUUUUGUGGGAAUAGAGCAUGACCUUUUGUUUUGUGAGUUUUUUCAUAUGUUUAAAAGAUAAUAAUGCAUUGAUUAUGUAACAUUAAGAAUUAAUGCAGAAGUUCCACCACUCUAUGCCCUUUACUUAAUUUUGGUUAAUGUUAGGUUGUUGCUAUCUUAUGUACUAUAAAACCCCACAAACACUACAUACUGUUAAUGUUAAAUUAAAAAAAAAAAA